ACUUGUUGCUUUAAAAUACCUAAAAUUUUAGCGUCGUUUGUUUGAUUUGUCAUCUUUUUUAAAGUGAUCGAAGUUAAAGAAAGAAAAAAGUCGUCGCACAUUCAUGAUAGCUUGUAAAUACAAAGUAGGGUAUAGGAUAUAAUAGUAGGUAGUACCGUACAAAAAAUUCAGCAGAAGACUUCAUAGCGUUCACAGUAUGUUGUACCUAAUAAUAUUAUCGAAGGUUAUAAGUGUCGUGUAUGCAACAACUUCAGUAACCAGUGGUGCAUAUAAAGGAUACCAAGCCAGUGUUUCCCAAAUUCAUCAUAUUCCGUUCCAUACAUGCUUCUCCACACCACCGAUAUGCGUGGAGGCAGCACUGGCUGAGGCAUCAACAGGAGACGUACAAGUAACUGAUGUCAAUUCAUCAGGAUUCACAGCCAGGGUAAAUGCAACGGCUAACAGAAACCUGGUCGUGGAUUGGACAGUACACGUAGCCUUAAUAGAACAAUUCAGUGACUGCGAAAGCGCUACUGCUCUUGCACAAAAAAGCGGGCGUUAUUAUUUGUUAUUGGGAGACAAUUGUGCGUUCGAGCUCGUAUAUUGUGACGUCACAGCAGUUACUGAAGGGUGGACGGUUAUACACAGAAGAUUUGAUGGCAAGGUCAACUUUCGGCGACCUCGUAUUGAUUACCUCAAUGGAUUCGGCAAUAAAGACGGGGAAUUUUGGCUUGGGUUAAGACGUAUAAAGGAACUAGUAGACCAAGGUAACUAUGAGAUGGAAGUCAGAGUUGUGGAUGUGGAUGGUGUGGACCAUGUUACACGAUUCACGAUGUUUAAGUUUAUAGCGAUUGCUGAUAUCGACGUGGAGCUGUAUUCGAUAUACUUGGAACGGACAGAAAAUGGUGUAACACAUAGAAAGGCUACGUCACGAUUCGUGACGUAUGAUAGUGACGCACAAAACAUUGCGUCAUCUCUUGGAGCUUGGUGGCUUGGGUUCAGCGAGCCUACAGGGGGAAACCUGAAUGCUAUUAACUACACUCAAAUGAGGUGGCGUGGUGUCGAAGGUCCUUUGAAAGAAGCAACCAUGCUGAUCAGAAAGGCAGUAACGCCAUCAAUAACACCAGUAAUAACACCAGUAAUAGCACCAGGAGUAAUAGCACCAGCAAUAGCACCAGUAAUAGAACCUGAAAGGCUUAAUUGAUUUUAACUGCACGUUAAUUCUUGUAAAUUUUAAGCCUUUGUAAAUCUCAACAAAAGAUAUAGUUUUAUUUUAUUGUUUUAUUCUUUUAACAUUCUUAAUGUAACUUUUUACAUUUUUUCAUUUCUUAAAUUUUGCACGUAUGCUGUACAUUCCAUUCAGUUAACCGCAUGGUAGCGCCCGCAAUCUGUAAUCUUUGUUGUGCAUAUUUCUUUAAAAAGCCAUCCGCACGAUGUCGCUAAAAUCGGCAAUAAUUUAAGACUCAUUUUACACAGUUUUAAACUUAUACCCCGUGUGUGGCUAUUGUCACUUUGUUUUGAACGAUUUUAUCGUAAACUUUGAAAGGGUGACUCAGACUGUGAGACCACACGUAACAAUUGUCCUUAUGACGUCAGCACUACGUCAGCGACUUAUCUUUAGUAUUGUGUGAUCACAAUAGACAUUAAUUUGAUUAACCUGAUGGUGGUCGAAAAAAUAAAACGAUUGUUUAAACGAUCGUUCUUUAAAUAUCCAUACAAUGCAAAUUACUGGUAAAUAAAUAUGUUCUGGGGUCAGAUGGGACACAUUUACCA